GUUGGUGACGCUAGCGCCUCAGUCGACGUCAUCAACACUCGCCGCGCGUGUCCAAAGGGCUUGGGCUCACCGCUGUGAGGUUUGACCCGCAAUGCUGCGGUUGUUCCGGGCCGCUUCGCAGGCCUGGGCUCGACCCCCUGUCUCCCGGGUCCUCAGCUCUCUGGCGGAAGACGCGGCGCGGCCAGCCGAGAGCUCGGAGCCGGGGGUUAGCGCGGGUCUCCUAGAUCCCGUGGUGCGCAAGUGUGAGCUCCGGAUCCCGGCGCACCGGCGCCCUGUGCAGGCGUGGGUCGAGUCACUGCGAGGCUUCGAGCAGGAGCGCGUCGGCCUGGCGGAGCUGCACCCUGAUGUGUUUGCCACGGCUCCCCGGCUGGACAUUGUGCACCAGGUUGCCACCUGGCAGAAGAACUUCAAGAGAAUUAGCUAUGCUAAGACCAAGACCAGGGCUGAGGUGAGUGGUGGUGGCCGCAAGCCUUGGCAACAGAAAGGCAGUGGCCGAGCCCGGCAUGGCAGCAUCCGUUCCCCCUUAUGGCGGGGAGGAGGCGUAGCCCAUGGUCCCCGGGGUCCUACAAGUUACUACUACAUGUUGCCCAUGAAAGUACGGGCACUGGGCCUCAAGGUGGCCUUGACUGUCAAGCUGAUGCAGGAUGACCUACACAUCGUGGAUUCUCUGGAGCUGCCCACUGCAGACCCUCAGUACCUGACAGAACUGGCCCAGUACCGACGCUGGGGGAGUUCCGUGCUCCUUGUAGACUUGACACAUGAGGAGAUGCCCAAGAAUGUUGUGGCAGCCACCUCCAGACUCAAGAGCUUCAACCUGAUCCCUGCGGUCGGCCUGAAUGUGUACAGCAUGCUCAAACACCAGACUCUGGUUCUCACCCUGCCUUCCAUCGCCUUCUUGGAGGACAAGCUACUCUGGCAGGAUUCAAGAUACACUCCACUGUACCCCUACCGCCUUCCCUACAAUGACUUCCCCUGACCCUGCCCUGGUCACCUAGAAGCCCACCCCGCUUGGGGGCCAAGUCAGCACGCCAGCCUUCCUGCAGAAAAGCCGUUCCCUGGAAGCUGCUGAGGCUUGGUGCAGCAGGGUAUAACUGCGCAGGGCCAAGAUGGGUGCCUGCCUGGGGUCUCUUGUCACAUUAGAAGUAAAGCCUGUUUCACGAGACUUGAAAAUGGAGCUGGUCACUGCAUGUAGGAUCCCGUCAGCUCCCAGGCUGUUCAUCCAGUGCUGGGCAUCCCAGGUGCCUCUUUUCCAGGGCACAAACUCAUGCUGGCAGCCUUGGAGGGUCUUCCUGCCGAGGCAGGUGCUGGAGUGCGCACAGGUGCCUAGCCAGCAGCCUGCACUCCCCUCUGGGAGGGUCUGCCAUCAGGUGACAUGCAAGCUUCCUCUGACAGCUUUCUUCACAAACCAUCUCGUGUUCUUGUGGUAAAACAAAUAAAUCUAUUUAAAGACAUCA